CAGGCAGGGUCCUUUGGAGCCGCCAGCUCUUCAGGAAGGUUGAAGCUCCGAUGUUGAUCCUGAAGAAGAAGCUUGACUUCCUGAAGGGACCAGAGAUGACAAAAGUCACCCGGAGCUACAACCAGCUGGCUGUGGUGUUGCUGCAGUACGAGGUGCUGCACCUGCAGGGGUGGAGUCAGGCUGCAGAGAGUGCGCCACGCUGCCUGAGCGCCGCCCUGCUGGUCUGGCAUGAAGACAGCAAGGAGGUCUCGGUGAACCUGGACCCUGUGGUGCUGGAGGUGCUGCAGGAAGCUCGGUGGAUAACCAAACUGGGCGUGAACGUGCCAAAGGUCAUCCAGAAGAUGACCUCCAGGGAAUCAGAGCUCAGAGAUUUGUACAGCCGACUGCUGGAGAUGCUCCAGGACUACAGCUCUGUGGUGGGCAGGGUCCCACCUCUCCUCCUCCCCCUCAUGCAGCCCUUCAUUGGCCGUGUGGAGGCAGCUCUCUCCCCUGGACUCACCUCACUGUCCUGGACUGCCCUCAACACUGAGCGGUUCCUGCAGAAUGUGUAUGUGGCUCUCAAAGACGUGGACCUGGUGGCCAAAAUGGCGACAGACCUGUUGGACUGUCGCAUCGGCCGGCUGCUUGGGGCCAUGUCGUCCUGCUGUCUGCUGGUCCUUCCUGAAGACUCGUCUGUGUCGGCGCAGGACCUCCUGCUACAGACAGGAAGCUUGGUCCAAGCUGCUGCUGUCACCCUGAGCUGGCAGAGUCAGCAGGUGGAGAGAUACGUGUACGAACUGAUCGAGGAGCUGAAGAGGAAGAUGAAGACUGUGGAGACUGUUAACCUCGAGGGGUCUUUUAAGUGUCUCCAUCCAGACUCCAAACAGAAGACUCGCUGUCUGUCGUGUCUCCCUUGUCGUUUCUACAACCUGAUUGGUCAGCUCUGUUACCGCAGCACUGAAGCUCUGGUCAAAGCCACCAGAUCCUCCCUGGAGGCCCUGAGGAGGAGACUUCAUGUGUCCAAAAAACAGCCACACUUUUCCUCCUUGGUGUCUUCCUCCAGCGGUGCCCAGCCAGCUCCUCCUCCACCUCUCCUCACAACCUCCAUCCAGCUUGCAAUCCCCAACAUGGUCCUCAGACCCAGUCUGGAUGACAUUCAGUCUGUGGUGAAUAAGCUGGUGGGCGUCGUGCUGUCUGUGACCAAAGACGUCCCUCUGUGGACUUACUCUCACCUGCAGUACAAACAGCAGCAGGCGGAGCAGGCGGCGGGUCGUAGCGGAGGAGAGGACGUGGCAGUGAAGCCAGCGGUGCUGCGAGCGCUGGACAAACAGCUGGCUGAACACAAAGACAUCAGCAGGUUGGUGAUGCAGCUCAGCUCCAUCGUGUCACACCUGAAAGCUCAGGCUGCUGAAACCCUGAAUGACCUCGGCCACUUCUCCACCCUGUGGAACCAGGACCCAGAGGAGCAGGUGCAGGCCUUCCUGCAGUCCGACCCCUCCCUGACGGAGUUCAGCGCUCAGAUCUGCUUCUACUCUAGGCUGGAGGAGCAGAUUUCGGAGCUCCCUGCGUUUUACACAGCGGGUUCGAUCCUGUUGGACACCGACCAGCUGAAGCGUUCGCUCACUCACGAGUGUCGCUCCUGGAAACGAGCUUUCGGCGCCGCUCUGAACCGCCGAGCAUCCGCCGACAUGAACGACAUCCUGUCGUUCGUGGACGCGCUCACGAAGCGUCUGCAGCGUCCAAUCUCAGACCUGGAUGAUGUCAGAGCAGCCAUGGCUGCACUCAGAGAGGUUCGGGAGGCGGAGUUUCGCAUCGACGCCACCAUCGGGCCGCUGGAGGAAUCCUUCUCCCUGCUCAACAGACACGAGCUGCUCUACGGUGACGGGAACGGCGAGCGCGUGGACGGCCUGAUGUACGCCUGGAAAAACCUCAGUGACCUGGUGGUGCAGACCCAGAACACUCUGGUGCAGAUUCAGCCCAGCAUGAAGACAGACCUGCUGUCUGCAGUGCAGAGCCUCCAGAGCCAGGCUCAGAGCUUCUGCACCGACUACAACCAAAGGGGCCCGGGGGUGGAGGGCGUGGCCCCGGCUGAAGCCAGCGAGCGGCUGCAGAGUUUUCAGGCCGAGUUCGAUCAGCUGUGGAGGAAGUACACCACCUGCUCAGGUGGAGAAGAGCUGUUCGGGCUGCCUGUGAACGAGUAUCCGGAGCUGCAGAGGAUCCGGAGGGAGCUCUCCCUGCUGUCCAAACUCUACAGUCUGUACAGCUCGGUCACCGACAGCGUCGCCGGCUACUACGACAUCCUGUGGGCCGACCUCAACAUCGAGAAGAUCAGCGUGGAGCUGCAGGACUUCCAGAACAGGAUCAGGAAGCUCCCAAAGGCCCUGAAGGAGUGGCAGGCCUUCAGAGAUCUGAAGAAAACCAUCGAUGACUUCACAGAGAUGUGUCCUCUGCUCUACAUGAUGGCCAACAAGGCGAUGCUGCACAGACACUGGACUCGUCUCAGCGAUGUGACCGGUCACAGCUUCCAGGUGGACUCUGACAGUUUGUGCCUGAGAAACAUUAUAGAGGCUCCGCUGCUGAAACACAGAGAGGACAUCGAGGACGUUUGCAUCAGCGCGGUGAAGGAGCGCGACAUCGAGGCCAAGCUGAAGGACGUGGUGGCCGAGUGGAGCAGCCACACGCUCAGCUUCGCCACCUUCAGGAGCAGAGGAGAACUGCUGCUGAAAGGAGCCGAGACCGCAGAGAAAAUCUCCAUGAUGGAGGACAGCCUGAUGGUGCUGACGUCCCUGCUGAGCAACAGGUACAACGCUCCGUUCAAGCCCUCCAUCCAGCUGUGGGUCCAGAAACUCUCCAACACCUCAGAGAUCAUCGAGAAGUGGCUGUCGGUUCAAAACCUCUGGAUCUACCUUGAAGCGGUGUUUGUGGGUGGAGACAUCGCCAAGCAGCUGCCUCAGGAGGCCAAACGUUUCCAGAACAUCGACAAGUCGUGGCUGAGGAUCAUGCAGCGAGCGCACGAGGUUCCCAACGUGGUGCAGUGCAGCGUGGGAGACGAGAUGCUCAGCCAGCUGCUCCCUCACCUGCUGGAGCAGUUGGAGCUCUGUCAGAAGUCUCUGUCCGGUUACCUGGAGAAGAAACGGUUGGUGUUCCCUCGUUUUUUCUUCGUGUCCGACCCCGCCCUGCUGGAGAUUCUGGGCCAAGCCUCUGACUCACACACUAUACAGGCUCAUCUGCUCAGUCUGUUCGAUAACGUUAACAGAGUUGUUUUCAAUGAGAAAAUCUACGACCAGAUGAUCAGUUUCCAGUCUCAAGAAGGAGAAACUGUGGAGCUGAGGCAGCCAGUCCUGGCACAGGGGAAUGUGGAGGUGUGGUUAGGAGAGCUGCUAGCUGGGGUGAGGGGAACCCUCCAUGCUAUCAUCCGUCAGGCUUACCUGGCCAUCUGUGACUCCGCCUUUAAGCUUCUGGAGUUCCAGUCGGCGUUCCCGGCUCAGAUUGGCCUGCUAGGAAUCCAGAUGAUCUGGACUAGAGAUGCAGAAGAAGCACUCGUCCUCAGCAAGUCUGACAAGAAGAUCAUGCAAACGACCAAUCAGAAGUUCCUGAACCUCCUCAAUGAGCUCAUCGACAUGACGACUCGAGAGCUGAGCAGGAACGAGAGGACCAAAUAUGAGACGCUGAUCACCAUCCACGUCCACCAGAGAGACCUUUUCGAUGAUCUGGUGAGGAUGAACGUGCGGUCGGCUUCAGACUUUGAAUGGCAGAAACAGUCGAGGUUUUACUUCCUGGAGGAGACGGACAGAUGUGUCAUCCAGAUCACAGAUGUGGAGUUCAGUUACUGUAAUGAAUACCUGGGCUGCACAGACAGGCUGGUCAUCACCCCGCUGACAGACAGGUGUUACAUCACUCUGUCCCAGGCUCUGGGGAUGAGUAUGGGCGGAGCUCCGGCCGGACCAGCAGGAACAGGUAAAACGGAGACCACUAAAGACAUGGGUCGCUGUCUGGGGAAGUAUGUGGUGGUCUUUAACUGUUCGGACCAGAUGGACUACAGAGGACUGGGACGCAUCUACAAAGGUCUGGCUCAGUCCGGAGCCUGGGGCUGCUUCGAUGAGUUUAACCGCAUCGAGCUGCCGGUGCUUUCUGUCGCCGCCCAGCAGAUCUACAUCGUGCUGCAGUGUAAGAAGAACAAGAAGAAGCAGUUCGUCUUCACCGACGGAGAUGUGGUCGACAUGGAUCCCGAGUUCGGCAUCUUCCUCACCAUGAAUCCCGGUUACGCCGGCCGUCAGGAGCUGCCUGAAAACCUGAAGAUUCAGUUCCGCACGGUAGCCAUGAUGGUCCCGGACCGAGCCAUCAUCAUGAGGGUUAAAUUGGCCAGUGCUGGUUUCCGUGACAACCAGGUCCUAAGCAGGAAGUUCUACACCCUCUACAAACUGUGUGAGGAGCAGCUGUCCAAACAGGUCCAUUAUGAUUUCGGUCUGAGGAACAUUUUGUCGGUUUUGAGGACGUUGGGAGCUGUGAAGCGAUCUAACCCGUCAGAACCAGAGAAGACCGUGGUGAUGAGGGUCCUGAGGGACAUGAACCUCUCCAAACUGGUGGACGAGGACGAGCCUCUGUUUAUGAGUCUGAUCAAUGACCUGUUUCCUGGCAUUGUUCUGGAUAAAGCCGGUUAUCCAGACUUGGAGUUGGCCAUCUUUAAUCAGGCUCAGCAGGCCGGUCUGAUCCCUCACCAGCCCUGGAUCCUCAAACUGGUCCAGCUCUAUGAGACGCAGAGAGUCCGACAUGGUAUGAUGACGCUGGGUCCGAGCGGUGCUGGGAAGACGGCGUGCGUCCACACGCUGAUGAAGGCCAUGUCUGAGUGCGGCUCGCCCCACCGAGAGAUGAGGAUGAACCCGAAAGCCAUCACAGCCUCGCAGAUGUUCGGCAUGCUGGACGUGACCACCAACGACUGGACGGACGGCAUUUUCUCCACACUGUGGAGGAAAACUCUGAAAGGCAAAAAGGGGGAAUACAUCUGGAUUGUGCUGGAUGGUCCGGUUGAUGCCAUCUGGAUCGAGAAUCUGAACUCUGUUUUAGACGACAACAAAACUCUGACGCUGGCGAAUGGCGAUCGAAUCCCCAUGGCUCCCUGCUGCAAGAUUGUCUUUGAGCCCCACAACAUCGACAACGCCUCCCCAGCCACCGUGUCCAGGAACGGGAUGGUGUUCAUGAGCUCGUCAGUGCUCAGCUGGAGGCCCGUCCUGCAGGCCUGGUUACAGAAACUAGCAGAGCAGCAGGCCAGCGCUCUGAAACACUGCUUCGACUGCUGCUACCAGGACUUGUUGGACUUUGUCUUCACUGCUGUGUCCGCUAAGAUGCAGGUGCUGGAGUGUAUGUACAUCAAACAGACUAUUGACCUGCUGCAGGGUUUGCUCCCAGCAGCGCAGGACAAACAGGGUGGCCAUGAUCAUGUGGGACGCAUGUUUGUCUUUGCGGUCAUGUGGUCUCUGGGUGCACUGCUGGAGCUGGAUGACAGAGCCAAGAUGGAGGCCUUCCUGAAGGCCCACAGCUCAUCUCUGGACCUGCCACCCACUCUGGACAACCAGACCAUGUUUGAGUUCACCGUCAGUGAGCAGGGAGACUGGGAGCACUGGUCCAACAAGGUCCCAGAGUAUGUCUACCCCAAAGACCACGUCCCUGACUACUCGUCCAUCCUGGUUCCCAACGUAGACAACGUGAGGACGGACUUCCUGAUGCAGACCAUCAUGAAGCAGAGGAAGGCCGUGCUGCUGAUCGGAGAGCAAGGAACAGCCAAGACCGUCAUGAUUAAAGGCUACACUGGAAAGCUCGACCCAGAGCUCCACCUCAGUAAGACGGUGAACUUCUCUUCGGCCACGCUGCCCGGCAUGUUCCAGAGGACGCUCGAGAGCUACAUCGACAAACGCAUGGGCACCACCUACGGGCCGCCGGCCGGACGCAGGAUGACCGUCUUCAUAGACGACAUCAACAUGCCCGUAAUCAACGAAUGGGGCGACCAGAUAACCAAUGAGAUUGUGCGUCAGCUGAUGGAGCAGGGAGGUUUCUACAGCCUGGAUCGUCCAGGAGAGUUCAUCACUGUGGUGGAUGUUCAGCUGGUGGCAGCCAUGAUUCACCCCGGCGGCGGUCGGAACGACAUCCCUCAGCGUCUAAAGCGCCAGUUCUCCAUCUUUAACUGCACGCUGCCCUCCAACUCCUCCAUCGAUAAGAUCUUUGGCACUGUGGCUCAGGGCUACUUCUGCCCAGAGAGAGGCUUCCCCGGCCCGGUGUGCCAGCUCGCCGCCGCCCUCGUCCCCACCACCAGGCGGGUGUGGCAGGCCGUGAAGGCGAAGAUGUUACCGUCUCCUGCAAAGUUUCACUACAUCUUCAACCUGCGUGACCUCAGCAGAAUCUGGCAGGGGAUCCUCACGGUGAAGUCAGAGGUGUGUCAGAGCUCUGAGCUCCUCUCCGCUCUCUUCCAUCACGAGUGCUGCAGAGCGAUCGCCGAUCGAUUCGUCGACAGCGGCGACAGACGAGCGUUCGGCAGCAUCGUGGAGGCGGUCACAGUGGAGGAUCAUGGGAGAGCUCUGACUGAGCAUGCUCAGUGGAACAGCUGCUUUGUGGACUUCCUGCGUGAAGCCCCGGAGGCGACGGGAGAUGAACCUGAAGACGCUGAGCUGGAGGCUCCGAAGGUGUACGAGCCAAUCCCAUCGCUGGACCUUCUGGCAGAGCGGCUGUCGGCUUUUCAGCAGCAGUACAACGAGGCGGUGAGAGGCGGAGCCAUGGAUCUGGUCUUCUUCAAGGACGCGAUGAUCCACCUGAUGAGGAUCUCACGCAUCCUGAGGACGCCACAAGGAAACGCCCUGCUGGUCGGGGUGGGCGGGUCGGGGAAGCAGAGCCUGACGAGGCUCGCGUCAUUCAUCGCAGGAUACCAAACCUUCCAGAUCACACUGAGCAGGUCGUACGGCAGCAGUAACCUGCUGGAGGAUCUGAAGUCUCUGUAUCGGAUCGCCGGUCAGCGCGGGAAAGGCGUCACCUUCCUGUUCAGCGACAAUGACAUCAAAGAAGAAGCCUUCCUGGAAUACAUGAACAACGUCCUGGCGAGCGGUGAAGUUUCCAACCUGUUUGCUCGAGACGAGCUGGAUGACAUCACUCAGGACCUGAUUCCCGUGAUGAAGCGCCAGCAUCCUCGCCGCCCGCCAACGCCUGAGAACCUCUACGACUUUUUCCUGUCCCGCGUGCGGAGCAACCUCCACGUGGUCCUCUGUUUCUCGCCUGUCGGGGAGAAGUUCCGCUCUCGUGCCUUAAAGUUCCCAGGUCUGAUUUCCGGCUGCACAGUGGACUGGUUCCAGCGUUGGCCUCAGGACGCCCUCAUCGCUGUAUCGCAUCACUUCCUGUCUCAGUACCAGGACCUCCGCUGCUCAGAGGACGUCAAGCAAAGCAUUGUGGUUACCAUGGGAACCUUCCAGGACCUGGUGGCAGAGAAGUGUGGCGAGUAUUUCGAGCGUUUCCGCCGCCUGACGUUUGUGACGCCAAAGUCCUACCUGUCCUUCAUCGACAGCUACAAGCUGGUCUACACGGAGAAGAUCGCUCACGUCGGCACGCUGGCCGAGCGCAUGCAGACAGGUCUCUGUAAACUGAUGGAGGCGGAGCAGUCGGUGUCUCAGCUCUCUGAGGAGCUGCUGGUGAAGGAGAAGGAGCUCGCCGUCGCCUCCCAGAGGGCAGACCAGGUCCUGCAGGAGGUCACGGCCAAAGCUCAGGCUGCCGAAAAGGUGAAGCAGCAGGUGCAGAAGGUGAAGGAUAAAGCUCAGCUCAUCGUGGACGAGAUCGAAGCCGAUAAAAUGGCAGCAGAGUCCAAACUGGAGGCUGCGAAACCGGCUCUGCAGGCUGCUGAGGCUGCCCUACAGACCAUCAAACCAGCAGACAUCUCCACGGUGAGGAAGCUGCAGAAGCCUCCUCAUCUCAUCAUGAGGAUCAUGGACGCCGUGCUGCUGCUGUUCCAGAGAAAGGUCGACGCCGUGACCUCUGACCCCGAACGACCUUGUCCCAGACCGUCGUGGGCCGAGGCGAUGAAGCUGAUGCAGAACUCGGCCUUCCUCAGCACCCUGCUCAACUUCAGCAAGGACUCCAUCACAGAGGAGGUGGUGGAGCUGCUCGCUCCUUACCUCCACAUGGACGACUACAACAUGGAGACGGCCAAGAGGAUCUGUGGAAACGUGGCGGGGCUCUGCUCCUGGGCUCAGGCCAUGGUCGACUUCUUCAGCAUCAACAAGGAGGUUCUUCCUCUGAAGGCUAACCUGGCCAUGCAGGAGGCCCGUCUGCUGGUGGCUCAGGCUGAACUCACUAAGGCUCAGGAACAGCUGGAUGCUAAACAGCUGGAGCUGGACGCGGUGCAGGCGCUUUACGACGCUGCCAUGAAGGAGAAGCAGGACCUGGAGGAUGACGCCCAGUCCUGCCGCCGGAAGAUGGCCAACGCUCGCGCUCUGAUCGACGGCCUGGGAGGAGAAAAGGUCCGUUGGACCGACAGCAGCGCGGGGUUUCAGACUCAGAUCAAACACCUGGUGGGGGACGUCCUUCUGGCCACAGGCUUCCUGUCCUACGCCGGCCCCUUUAACCAGGAGUACCGCAGCCUGCUGCUGACGCUGUGGAGGAAAGAGAUGGAGGAGAAGCUCCUCCCCUUCAGUCCCGAGCUGAACGUGAUUGGUCUGCUGGUGGACAACGCCACAGUGAGCGAGUGGAACCUGCAGGGUUUACCCAGCGACGACCUGUCCAUCCAGAACGGCAUCGUGGUGACGAAGGCGUCCCGCUACCCGCUGCUGAUAGACCCCCAGGGCCAGGGCAAGACCUGGAUCCAGAACAGAGAGCGAGACCAGCAGCUGCAGGUGACGUCUUUGAACCACAAAUACUUCCGUUCCCACCUGGAGGACAGCCUGUCUCUUGGGCGCCCCCUGCUGCUGGAGGAUGUUGGUGAGGAACUGGACCCUGUCCUGGACAACAUACUGGACAAAAACUACAUCAAGUCUGGCUCCACUUACAAGGUGAAGGUUGGAGACAAGGAGGUGGAUGUAAUGAAGGGCUUCACGCUCUACAUCACCACCAAGAUGGCCAACCCAGCAUACAGCCCUGAGGUCAGCGCCAGGACGGCCGUGGUGGACUUCACCGUCACUCAGAGAGGCCUGGAGGACCAGCUGCUGGGACGGGUCAUCCUGCUGGAGAAGCAGGAGAUGGAGGCAGAGCGAGUGAAGCUCCUGGAGGAGGUGACGUCCAACAAGAGGAAGAUGCAGGAGCUGGAGGACAGCCUGCUGUUCAGGCUCACCAGCACACAGGGCUCGCUGGUGGAGGACCAGUCUCUGAUCGAGGUGCUGAGCGUCACCAAGAUCACCGCUCAGGAGGUAAGUGAGAAGCUGACGGUUGCCGCGGAGACAGAGGUGAAGAUUAACCAGGCCAGGGAGGAGUACCGGCCAGUGGCCACCAGGGGGAGCAUCCUCUACUUCCUGAUUGUGGAGAUGUCGCUGGUGAACGUCAUGUACCAGACGUCGCUGUGGCAGUUCCUCGGGCUUUUUGAUUCGUCCAUGCAGAACUCGGCCAGGUCGCAGGUCACCUCCAAACGCAUUAGCAACAUCAUCAGCUUCCUCACUUACCAGGUGUACCGUUACACAGCCAGAGGUCUGUACGAGGAACACAAGCUGCUCUUCACUCUGCUGUUGGCUCUAAAGAUUGACCUGCAGGCCCGAAUCAUCUCGCACGUGGAGGUGCUCACCUUCAUCAAAGGUGGAGCCUCUCUGGACCUGAACUCUGUAGAAUCGAAGCCACGGCGCUGGAUCCUGGACCAGACCUGGCUGAACCUGGUGCAGCUGUCCAGCCUGCCUGCGUUCUUCCAGAUUCUGAACCAGGUGAACCAGAACGAGCGCGCCUGGAAAGCGUGGUUCGACCAUCCAGCGCCAGAAGACGCCCCGCUGCCCGAUGGCUACGAGGAGAAGCUCGACACCUUCCGGAAGCUUCUGCUCAUCCGGAGCUGGUGCCCCGACCGGACCAUCGCUCAGUACGCCGAAGGCACGGUCCUGGACUUGGACACCAUGUUGGCAGAGAGCAACAACCGAACGCCGAUGGUGUGUCUGCUGUCGAUGGGCUCCGACCCGACUGAGAACAUCGAGAGAUUAGCCAAGAAUAAGGGGGCGCCGUGCCAUCCCAUCUCCAUGGGUCAGGGCCAAGAGGUUCACGCUCGCAGGCUAUUGGCCAACAGCAUGCUGGACGGCGGCUGGCUCCUCCUCCAGAACUGCCACCUGGGACUGGACUUCCUGGAUGAGCUGCUGGAGACGGUCACAUCAGCCGUGCCGGAGAGCGUGCACAAAGAUUUCCGAGUGUGGCUGACGACCGACGUGCACCCCAGGUUCCCCAUCACCUUCCUUCAGUCCUCCAUCAAGUUCACCAAUGAACCUCCUCUUGGCAUGAAAGCCGGUCUGAAGAGGACUUUUAAUGGUGUCACUCAGGACCAGCUAGAGAUCAGCAACCUGCCUCAGUGGAAGCCUCUGCUGUACGCUGUGGCCUUCCUCCACACCACCGUGCAGGAGCGUCGUAAGUUCGGUCCGCUCGGCUGGAACAUCCCCUACGAGUUCAACCAGGCAGAUUUUACCUCCAGCAUCCAGUUUGUGCAGAACCACUUGGACAACCUGGACGUGAAGAGAGGCGUGAACUGGAGCUGUCUGCGCUACAUGCUCGGUGAAGUCCAGUAUGGCGGUCGGGUGACGGAUGACUUGGACAAACGGCUCCUCAACACGUUCACGAGUGUCUGGUUCAGUGAGAGCACCUUCAGUGAAGCUUUCUGCUUCUUUAAGGGCUACAGCAUCCCUGCCAAGGCCAAGAGCAUCCAGGAGGUCCUGCAGCACAUCGAGGGGCUGCCGCUGGUCGACUCACCGGAGGUGUUUGGACUCCACCCCAACGCUGACAUCACCUACCAGACCAACCUGGCGAAUGACACGCUGAGCACCAUAAUCAACAUCCAACCGAAGGACACCGGAGGCGGGGCCGGGGAGACCAGGGAGGCCAGCGUGCAGAGACUAGCCAAUGAGAUGCUGGAGAAGCUGCCACCUGACUACAUCCCACAUGAGGUCAAAGGUCAACUCCAGAAGAUGGGUCCUCUUCAGCCAAUGAACAUCUUCCUCCGACAGGAGUUGGACCGAAUGCAGCGUGUCAUCAGCAGCGUACGGAGCACGCUCACUGACCUCAGACUGGCCAUCGAUGGGACCAUCAUCAUGUCUGAAGACCUGCGCGACGCCCUCGACAGCAUGUUCGAUGCUCGGAUCCCGCGCCUGUGGCUGAGGCUCAGCUGGCCGUCGGCCACGCUCGGCUUCUGGUUCAGCGAGCUGCUGGAGAGGAACCAGCAGCUCAGCGCGUGGAUCAGCGCCGGCCGGCCCAACCAGUUCUGGCUCACCGGCUUCUUCAACCCGCAGGGUUUCCUGACCGCCAUGCGCCAGGAGACGACACGCUCCAACCUGUCCAGGGGCUGGGCCUUGGACACGGUCACCCUUAGCAACGAUGUCACCAAGAUGAUGAGGGAGGACGUCUCAGCUCCGCCCCCUGAAGAUGUGGGUGGAGUCUACAUCUAUGGCCUCUUUCUGGAUGGAGCGGGAUGGGACAGACGUGGCGCCAAACUCGUUGAGGCUCCGCCCAAAGUCCUCUUCACCCCCCUCCCUGUGGUCCACGUCUUCGCCGUCAGCUCAGCCAACAUGGCCGACAGUAAGCGUCCCCCUGGCGGCGGGGGGGCGGUCAGCCUGUACUCGUGUCCCGUCUACAAGAAGCCUCGACGCACCGACCUGAACUUCAUCUUCUCCCUGCAGCUGAGGAGCGUGCAGCCGCCCGAGCACUGGACGCUGCGAGGCGCCGCGCUGCUCUGCGACUGCAAGUGAUCCAAACGUUGUUGUUCCACAGACACGGACAGACACUGACCGUGGGGCUCUGCUGCGUCUCACUCAGACCUCCCCACAGUUUCAGUUUGAGCUUUUUUAUUCUGAUGUUCUGAUAGUUUCCAUUUUUCUUCAGCACCAAACAUGUUUGUAGGUUUUUAGUCUGUUAAAUUUAUGAAAAUCAAAAUGUUUCCACCUCUUCUCUCCGCAAGUCUCUAAUAAUAAUAAUAAUAAUAAUAAUAAUAAUAAUAAUAAUAAUAAUAAUAAUAAUAAUAAUAAUAAUAAUAAUAGUAACAUUAAUGAUUUUGUAUGUGACCUCACACAGUAAAGCUGAUGUGAGGAUCAUCUCAGUUCUGGUGAUUGUACGAACUUAAUGCAUAAAAUAAUAAUUUGUUUUAAUUAAAAAACUUUCCAUCUGUCAUUUCCUGAGUGUUUCAAAAUAAAAGUCCUGUCUUUCAUGUUUUGAAUGUGAGGCUGUUCCUGUGAUGCCUUCAAAUCUGGUUCAGUCUGCAGUUUUUUACAGUUCAGAGCCAAAGUGACUCAAACAUUUACUUAAAAGAGGUUUUUGUUCGUCUGGGUUUUCCUGCUCAGCAGCGCUAAACAGGCAAAACGCACAAACAGAAAGAAACAGGAAAAUAUGUGUUUCUUUGAACAACGCAGCAGCAAAAUGAAAGACCAGGAUUUAUUUUUUAAUGAUUGACAAAAACAUUAAAUGAUCAUGUUUAUUUUCACAUAAAUGUUCCAUCGGUCCUUCUUUUAGAAGAAGUUUAGAAAUUAAAAAUACUAAUAACACAGCAGGAAAAAGCCGACAGCACGAGUCCUGAAAGGCUUAAAGAGAAAAUAAACGCACAAAGAAUGAAACAAAAAGGCACAAAACCUCAAAACAAGAGUGAAUUAAAUCUGAGCGACCCACAAAGAUGCUAAAAGCCCCAAACAUGAACCUGUGAGGUCAUUAAUGCCUGUGUAUGUGUGGGUGUACAUGUUUACAUGUCUUUGUGGGGACCAACAUGCCCGUCCCCACAAGUUUGAAGACAUUUUUGGGACUCAGGAUGUGGUUUUAGUGUCAGGGACAGUCGGGUCAGGGUUAGGCAUUCAGUCUUAAUGGUUAGAGUAAAAGGCUGAGGAGAGCAUGAUGUCAAAUAGAUGUCCCCACAAGAAUAUGAAAACACAACCGUGUGUGUGUGUUACUGUGAAUUUGUGAGACAAGUGAAGAUUUCAGAAUCAGUGAAUCACCAAUCACUUCCUGUUGGUGAAGAAGAGCAGACUCCUCUUCAGCCACAGAAAUGAAGAAGCUUUUAUUUUGACGAGCUCAGCCACGAGCAGAGGCGACCCUGCAGAGGUGAAGGUCACAGUCAGAAUCAGCGCCAGAGAACCGCACGAGGACGGCCUCACUGGUCACGGCUGAGUUCAUUAUGUGAUGGUAACAAGCUGAUUAUUACAGAACAGGAAACACACGUCUGCUCAUCAAACACCAGCUGCUGCUGCUUUCAUCAGUCUGCCAACAAAACCUCACAAGAAAGAAGUUUGUGUGAGUUUGCAGCGUUCCUCUAAACUGAAAACUAAAACAGACUGAAAAUGGGAGCAUGCAGCUGCACUCGAGAGUCAGGCAGCUUCAAUGUGUUUGUCUUCAUCUGU